GACGCGCUUGGUUUCUACAGGGCACGGCUGGCAAUCGGCUUGCGACGUCGCUCUGUAGACGUCGCACUGCGAGCGUCCUUUACGGCAGGACUUUUCGCCUCCCCGAAGCCGGCGGUCGUGAUCUGCACCCAGGUAGCGGACAAGGACACUUCUAUGCCAUGCCAUUCCUAGAUGUGCAGAAAAGGCUAGGCAUUAGCCUAGACCGUCACUUAGUAUUCCAAAGUGUUGAACAGCCCUACAAGAUUCCCUCUAGGUGCCAUGCUUUUGAAAAAGAAUGGAUAGAAUGUUCACAUGGAAUUGGUGCUACCCGAGCUAAAAAAGAGUGCAACAUCGAGUAUGAAGAUUACAAGGAAUGUCUUCUUCGGUUCAAAACAAUAAUGCGCCUGAAUGAAAUCAAACUACAUCGGAAUAAGCUGAUGAAAGAGGGGAAAUAUACCCCUCCACCUCACUUCGUGGGCAAGGGGGAUCCCAGGCCUUGAACAGAGCAGCUGGAGGCUGCUUUUUGUGCUGUUUUCCACUGGGAAGACAGUUUUCACAGAAGCUUCUUCAUCAAGUAUAUAAAAAUAUAGCAUUUAAAGAAUUACUUGA